GAAGUGAAGGCGGAAGUGUAGUUCAUGUCUCUCUAUGGCACUGAUCAAAACUAUUCAACCGACUGAAACCUGUGAAGAUCGUGGGUGUCGUGAGGCCUACUGGUGCAACCAAAAGGUGACAGUAUGGCUGAGCCGGACCCCCAGAGAAACUUCCGCUCUGCCUAUUACGAGAAAGUGGGAUUCCGAGGAGUGGAGGAGAAGAAGUCAUUGGAGAUACUGCUGAAAGAUAACCCAUUGGACGUGGAGAAGCUGAGUACAUUCAGUCAGAGAUUCCCUCUACCCUCCAUGUACAGAAUACACGUGUGGAAGGUACUUUUAGGCAUCCUACCGCCACACAGUGAUUCUCACACGCUGGUGGCAGGGUACCGCCGCGAGCAGUACCUUGAUAUCCUGGAGGCGCUGGAGGUGAUGAGGUUCGUCCACUCGGCCACGCCUCCGACCCACGUUUACCUGCGCAUGUUCCAGCUGGAGAGCCGGACACUUCCCCGGCGCUGCGACACCACAGACCCGGACCAGGAGGAUGAGGACUUCCUGGCCGUCGGCAGAGCCAUGGAGGAGAUCGUCGACGACCCCGUAGACUGCUAUUGGCUGAUCAAGUGCUUCGUCAAUCAGUUCAACAACAAGUUCGGGGACUCCAUCCCCCACUUGCCCAAGAGCCUGGAGCACUACCUCAGCCAGGAGGAAUCCAGGCUGCUGAACCAUCUGAAGAACAUGGGAGCCCUGGAGCAGCUUCCUUACAACCUGUGGUUCCGUCGCUGCUUCGCUGGCUGUCUGCCCGAAUCCAGCCUGCAAAGGGUGUGGGACAAGGUGGUCAGCGGCUCCUGCAAGAUCCUGGUGUUUGUCGCCGUGGAGAUUCUGCUCAGCUACAAGAUCAUGCUGAUGGGUAUGAAUCGACCGGAGGGCGUGGUCAGCUUCCUGUGCAAAAUCCCCCAGGAGAACACAGACGCCAUCGUGACCAAGGCCAUCGACCUGUGGCACAAGUACUGCGGCACACCCAUGCACUCUGUGUAGCGCCGGGAGGUCCCCAGGGCGACCCCCCCCCCCCUUCCCCGGAGAUUCCGCUCCAGGACCUCCUCGCUUUGGUGACGCGACG